CUGCAUCCGUGUUUUCUUACCUACCAAUAAACUACGCGUAAUGAUUAGCCUGUGGUUACCGGAAAAACGAGUUAUGGUUGAAGCAGAGAUGCUUCAUUUGACACGAGUGUGCGGAACCAGCGGAUAGGGAAAGAUUAUUUUGUGAUUGCUGAGUACAUAGAUAUAAGAUUUGGAGCAAUCUUACAGAAACACAAGCCGACUACCACUUGCACCAAGAUAAACAAGAGCAAGGUCUGUUCGUGUGUCUCCCCAACGUUAUUGAAUUAACUAUAGUUGACGCUACUCAGCCUUAAUUUGUAUGUGCCGUUCUAUGAUGACAAUGCUAAUGGCUUCAAUGGCAAUGCCGGAGGACGUGUUAAUGAAUGAAGCGCUGAUCAGGGAUUUAGAAGCUGUUGCGAAAGACACGGCUGUUCUGCUUGGAGUUUUAAUGAGGACAAAGGAAACGCCAAAUUCGUCGGAGUGCAUCCAGUCAAGGGCUACUUUUGGACAUCGGAAAAUAGGGGGACAACACAAAAAAAUUGCUCUUCGACCAGGCGCUCGCAGUGCAGACAAAUUUUAACCGACUGGUGGACAUGAUCAGCCAGGAUUCCAAAUUCCUCCAAGAAGCCCUGGCCAGCACUAUCAAAGUGGAUGAUUUCACUGCAAGAUUGUUCAAUAUAUACAGGCACAUUCUUCAAGAAGGCUGUUCCCAGCCAAUAGCUGUGGGUCUGAAUCGCUCUGACUACAUGCUGGACCGUGGGACUGAUGGAAACACAACCUUGAAGCAGAUCGAAAUCAACACCAUUGCAGCCAGUUUUGGUGGACUUUCUUCACGGACUCCAGCUGUUCACAGGCACAUUCUGAAGGUUGCUGGCCGGUUAGAGGAACGGAAAAUGAUCCUGGACAAUAACCCAGCGGCAGGACUUGCCAAGGCCCUGGCUCUGGCCUGGAAGUUGUAUGGCUCUGACAGGGCUGUGGUCAUGUUCCUGGUGGAGGAUUGUCAGAUUAAUAUCUAUGACCAUCGAUAUGUUGAGAACGAACUGUGGAACAGAAAUAUUCCAGUCGUACGAAGGCGUUUUGAGGAUGUAUGCAAGACUGGAUUGCUGGACCAGGACAAGAGGCUGUUUGUCGAUGGUCAAGAAGUUGCACUAGUGUACUUUCGCAAUGGGUACAUGCCUCAGAACUACACAGAACAGAGUUGGGAGGCGAGGCUUAUGAUGGAGCGGUCCCUGGCAGUCAAGUGUCCUGACAUCGGCACCCAUUUGGCCGGAACCAAGAAAGUGCAGCAGGAGCUAGCCCGACCUGGUGUCCUUGAGAAGUUCUUUCCAGAUGACCCCGAGGCUGUAGCUCAGAUGCGAGCAACCUUUGCUGGGCUUUAUACCCUGGAUGAGGGAGAGGAGGGAGACAAGACUGUGGCGAUGGCCUUGGCAAACCCAGACCAGUACGUCCUGAAACCCCAGAGGGAGGGAGGGGGUAACAAUAUCUACGGUGCAGAUAUCUGCCAGGUGCUGUCGGGAGAGAAGGGCAGCUCAGACAGGACAGCCUACAUUCUGAUGGACAAGGUCCAUCCCCAGCCUGUCUACAACUACCUGCUGAGGAGUGGCUAUCCCCUCAAACUCAGCACAUGUCUGAGUGAGCUGGGCAUCUUUGGAGCCUAUGUGAGACAGGGGACAAAUAUGCUGCUCAAUGAGUGCCCAGGACAUCUUCUUAGAACCAAGAGUUCAGAAUAUUCUGAUGGAGGUGUGGCUGCAGGAGUGGCAGUCCUGGAUAACCCAAUUCUCAUUUGACCUACUUCCUGGAAAAUAAACCACCAACUGGAACAGUGACGGACAAGAAAUACUUCAGUGGCCUUCCUUCUCCCUCAAGGGUACUGCUUAUAUGCUCCAAAUAAUAUUAAAAAAUUGUAAAUGCAUAUUUUUUGAUGUACUACUGAAUGCAUGCAAUUUCAAAAGAUGUUUUAGGCUUGAGGAAAAAAAUGUCCAUUCCAUAGAAACCACAUUAGUUUAGAUGUUGAUAUUUAUAGAUGAGCAGCCUUCAUGGAGAAAUUGUAUUAAUUUUAAAAAAAGUUUUAUUUUGUGAAAAUGAUUUAUGAACACCUGAAAAGUGAUUGAAACAUGGGUGUGUAGGAACUGAAAACCAUGACAUUUCAUAUUCAGCAAAUUCCUGCAAACUGAUUGUCAGGGCAAAUUUCACAAUUGUGCUCAAAUUGGUAAGACUGUUGCAAGUGUAUGGUGUGGUAAAGCUGUAUUGCCCCUGAAUAGCAUUUCCGGUAUACUGCUAAAUGGAUCAUAGACUCCAGCAACGACAACUUUAUAUAAGCAAAUGAAUGGAAAAUGGUCAAUGGUAAAUGGUUGGAAUUUAUAUAGCGUCUUUAUCCAAAGCGCUGUACAAUUGAUGUUUGUCAUACACCCAUUCAUACGCACACCAGCGGUGAUUGGCUGCCAUGCAAGGCACGAACCAGCUCGAAAUGAACCAUUAAGUCGUUCAACAUGCAACUUUCCAUUUUAUAUAUAUAUUUAUAUCGUAGUUACGAGCGUAGUCAGAUUUGUGUAGCACACACAAUAGCAAAGAUGACGUUAUCCAUCCUCGGCUGGCCAGUCUCAUGGGACAUAGGGCGGCGGGUUUCCACAGUUGCACUUGACAUUGGUUGCAGGUUGCCAGCAAUAGGCUACUGAUUAAACAAAUGUAUCCUAUUUUUAAUUAAGUUAAAAUCAGGCCAGUUGAGUCGGAUUUUUAAAUCGCAUGAGUAGGGACGUGAUAUGAAUACAGACACCAUUGUUAUUGGCCUUAAGAUAGUCCAAUUGUGGAAAUUUUUUUGGCAAUCUAAAGACUCAAAACAGUACUUUUUACGAAUCGAAAUCCUAAAUUAUCAGCAUAUAGCUAUUAUUUAAAUCAUGAAACGCAUACUUUUAACCCUGACUUCAACACUACGCAAUUUAAUAGGUAUUCUACCGGAAAUAUAAUUCAUGAAACAUCCACUUUACCUCCUUAUAUUUUAUGGAGAAUUUAUUCUAAAAGUGUACUUUGAGGUGGUGUUGGUGUGACAAAUAAUUUCACAAGAAAAUCAUAAGCAUAACCGAUCAGCUUAGACAUGGUGAUUCGUACCCAGCUUCAAACUUAAGGUGUGGUUUUUACAGGAAAGUCUAAAACCUAUUUUCCCAAUAAUAAAUAUAAAAUUGUAAGUUAAA